AUGCGAAGAGCCGAGAUUUCCAUCGUUAGAAUUCUGCAGCAGAGUGAACUUCAUGAGGAGAUCCAGAGUAUCCAGCGAGGCGAUUUCCCGAAACGAAUGGCCAACUUGCAGCCGUUUAUCGACGACGAAGGAUUACUACGAGUCGGAGGGCGCUUGCAAAACUCCAAGCUACCUUUCGAAGCCAAGCACCAGUUGUUACUUCCUCGGAAACAUCGUGUUACGGAAAUGCUGAUACGCAAAUACCAUGAGGACCGUCUACACGAGGGCCAAUCCGGAUUAUUGGCCGCCAUUCGGCAGAAAUUUUGGUUGACGAAUGCACGAUCCGCUAUUCGCAAGGUGAUCCACGAUUGUGUUAAAUGUUUCCGGACGAAGCCACGGAGCAUCCAGCCUCUGAUGGGUGUGCUACCUGAAGCACGAGUCACCGAGCAUGCGCCAUUCGAGCUGACCGGCGUGGACUAUGCCGGACCGAUACUUGUGAAGGAAGGCAAACGCAAGCCGAAAAUAGUGAAGGCGUACAUCUCACUAUUCGUAUGCCUGUCAACGAAAGCCAUCCACCUCGAAUUAGUAUCCGACCUGACCUCUGAUGCUUUCCUUGCCGCUCUCGACCGUUUCAUCAAUCGCCGUGGUCUUGUCCGCAAGCUAUUUUCGGACAAUGGGACCAAUUUUGUUGGGGCUUUGAAGGAGCUUCGACAUCUACGUGAUAUGUUCAACGACCAGGUGGAGCGGAACAAAAUCAACGACUUCCUGAUCGGCCGAGAAGUUGAAUGGGAGUUUAUUCCGCCGAGAUCACCUAACUUCGGAGGAUUAUGGGAGGCCGGAGUGAAGAUAGUGAAGUCCCAUCUCACCAGAACUCUCGGGAAUACAACUCUAACGUUCGAGCAACUUAGCACCGUGUUGACCCACAUCGAAGCGAUUGUCAACUCUCGACCGCUAUAUUCCACAUCAGAUGAUCCCAACGACCCUCAACCGAUAUCGCCUGCACAUCUAAUGCUUGGUCGACCAAUGGAACCGGUGAUCAAGCCAUCGUAUUUGGAUGUACCAGCAAACCGCUUAACCAAAUGGCAGUAUCUGAACCAGAUGAGAGACCACUUGUAG